UCUUUCUCCUCCCAGCCCCAUGAGGUUCUCACUCCCGUAAAACGCCUCUUGGCUAAGCCCUAAUUCAUUGAGCGAAGAAUUCAGAUUCACCUAAGCUCUCGACGAAUCUCUUAUUGGAAAGCUUCUGGAGAAGGCCAGGAAGGUUUCAAGUAGCACAAAUUUCUCCUCGCCGAGCCGCUUCGUUGUCUCCGUUCACGUUUGAAUUCUUAGGUUGCUUGUAAAUGGUUGAGGCUCUUGUGUAAAAGCUUGCUCUGCAGAUCGGUAAGACAGGUUUUGCAGUUGUUUCGUAGUGAAACUUGGGUUACUUGGUUUUGUCAGUUGGUUUCUCUUGUUGAUUUAGUAUGGAAGAACCAAAGCAGAAGUCUUCUAAGAGGGAGGACUCUGAAAAGGAAGUAGAAGAGCCAAGGAGGAGGAGCCACCGUGACAGAGAUGAGCACCGAGACCGUGAUAAGGAGAAGAAUGGAGAGAGGCACAGGGAAAGAGACAGGGAACACUACCGUGACAAGAAAGACCGCCAUGAUAGGGAGAAGAGUACUGAUGAUAAGUAUAGGGAGAGAAAUAGAGAUAGGGAAAAGGAAAAACACAAGGAUAGGCAUAAAGAGAAAGAGAGGGAAAAGAGCAGCAGAGAUAAGGUCUCUAAAGACAGAGAAAAGGAUAGGUCUGACAGAGAGAGUGCUAGGGAGAAGGAAGACAGAGAGAGGGAGAGAGAGAAAGAGAAGGAGAAGGAGAAGGAUCGCGAAAGAGAGAAAGAGAAGGAGAGGGAUCGAGACCGAGAGAAAGAGAAGGAGAGGGAACGUGAAAGAGAAAAGGAGAGAGAGAAAGAAAAGGAGAGGGAUAAGGAAAGGGAGAGAAGAGAGAGAGAUAGGAGGGAAAAAGAUAAGGAGGAGAAGGAAAGGAGUAGGGAGAAGAGGGGUCGUGAGAAAGAGCGCAGGCGUGAUUAUAGCAGUGAUGAUGAUGAUGAUGAUGUUGAUGUAAGAGAUCGUGAAAGAAAGAGGCGAAAGAGAGAGAAUGAUCACAAGAGCAGGGAUCAUGAGCGAAGCAAGAAACCUAUUAAGCUCAGAGAUGACAGUGAAGAUGGUAGCCCACUGAGAAGAAGUGAUGAAGAAUCAUCAGAAAAGAAACAGAAGAAUCUAGAAGAAGAACAAGCUGAGGAACAAAGGAAACUGGAAGAAGAGAUGGAGAAGCGAAGAAGGAGAGUUCAGGAAUGGCAGGAGUUGAGAAGAAAGAAGGAGGAGUCAGAGAGAGAAAAGCUUGGAGUUGCAGCAAUUACUGAUGAACCCAAGUCAGGCAAGACUUGGACUUUGGAAGGGGAAUCUGAUGAUGAAGAUGCUGCUCUUGAGGAAAAACAAGGCAUGGAUAUGGAUAUGGAUAUGGAUGUGGAUGUGGAUGGACUUGCUAAGCCUUUGGAUGUGGAUGGAGUUGGCUCUGUAAGUUCCAAUGAUGUACCUGAUUUAAAAAUUUCACAGAAUGGUGGUAAUGAUGCUUCUAUGGAUGAUGAUGAAAUUGAUCCACUGGAUGCAUUCAUGAAUUCUAUGGUGUUGCCUGAAGUUGAGAAGCUUAAGAAUGCUGAGGCUCCUUCUGAAGAUAUUAAGUCUGGUUUGAAAGAUAAUACUGUUAUUUACAAUGAAGAGAAGCCUAAAAAAAGAGUUAAAAAAGCUAUGGGAAGAAUCAUACCUGGUGAAGAUUCUGAUUCAGAUUAUGGUGAAGUUGAAAAUGAUGAAGAUCCUUUGGAGGAUGAAGACGAUGAAGAAUUUAUGAAACGGGUGAAGAAGACCAAGGCUGAGAAACUAUCCAUAGUUGACCACUCAAAAAUUGAUUAUCCUUCUUUCCGAAAGAAUUUUUAUAUUGAAGUUAGGGAAAUUUCAAGAAUGACUCCUGAAGAGGUUGCUGCUUACAGAAAGCAAUUGGAGUUGAAGAUACACGGAAAGGAUGUUCCAAAGCCAGUUAAAACAUGGCAUCAGACUGGAUUGUCCACUAAGAUUUUGGACACAAUAAAGAAACUGAAUUAUGAAAAGCCGAUGUCAAUCCAGGCUCAGGCUUUGCCAAUAAUUAUGAGUGGUCGAGAUUGUAUUGGUAUUGCAAAGACGGGUUCUGGAAAAACUCUAGCUUUUGUGUUGCCAAUGUUGAGACAUAUUAAGGAUCAGCCUCCACUUGUUCCUGGAGAUGGUCCUAUUGGGCUUGUAAUGGCCCCUACAAGAGAGCUUGUGCAGCAAAUACAUAGUGAUAUAAGAAAGUUUUCAAAGGUUAUGGGCCUUAGUUGUGUGCCGGUGUAUGGAGGUUCAGGUGUUGCUCAACAAAUUAGCGAGUUGAAACGAGGAGCAGAGAUUGUUGUUUGCACUCCGGGUAGGAUGAUUGACAUACUUUGUACUAGUGGAGGAAAAAUUACAAAUCUGCGAAGAGUCACUUAUUUGGUUAUGGAUGAAGCUGAUCGGAUGUUUGAUAUGGGCUUUGAACCUCAGAUCACUAGAAUUGUUCAAAAUACACGUCCGGACCGCCAAACUGUACUGUUUUCCGCCACUUUUCCUCGCCAGGUUGAGACAUUGGCACGCAAAGUGUUGAACAAACCUGUUGAAGUUCAGGUAGGUGGAAGGAGUGUUGUGAACAAAGAUAUUGCCCAAUUAGUUGAGGUGAGGCCAGAGAGUGAAAGGUUCCUUAGAUUAUUGGAAAUACUUGGAGAAUGGUAUGAAAAGGGGAAAAUUUUGAUAUUUGUCCAUACACAGGAGAAAUGUGAUGCUUUAUUUAAGGAAUUGCUAAAGCAUGGUUAUCCUUGCCUCUCACUUCACGGGGCAAAAGAUCAGACUGAUCGUGAGUCCACCAUUAUGGAUUUUAAAAGUAAUGUAUGUAACUUGUUGAUUGCAACCAGUAUUGCUGCUAGAGGUUUAGAUGUAAAGGAACUUGAGCUGGUGAUCAACUUUGAUGUUCCAAACCAUUAUGAGGACUAUGUUCAUCGUGUUGGACGAACUGGGCGAGCUGGUAGAAAAGGCUGUGCUAUCACUUUUAUAUCUGAGGAGGAUGCAAGAUAUGCACCUGAUCUUGUAAAAGCUUUGGAACUGUCUGAACAAGUUGUUCCUGAUGACCUGAAAGCAAUUGCUGAUAGUUUCAUGGCAAAAGUUAAUCAGGGACUUGAACAAGCUCAUGGAACUGGUUAUGGAGGUAGUGGCUUUAAGUUUAACGAAGAGGAAGAUGAAGUGAGGAGAGCUGCAAAGAAAGCCCAAGCAAAAGAAUAUGGUUUUGAGGAAGACAAAUCAGAUUCAGAGGAUGAAGAUGAAGGAAUAAGAAAAGCAGGUGCUGACGUCUCUCAGCAGGUGGCUGCCCUUGCUCAGGCAGCUGCUCUUGCUGCUGCUACCAAAGCAAAUGUCGCUCAACUUCCAGGUUCAGGCCAAUUUCCUCAGCUACCACCUCAUGGUGGAGUACCUGGUCCUCUUGCCAAUAUUCUUCCAGGAAAUGGAAUGCUAAUGGCCCCUAAUGAUAUGUCAGCUACUGCAGCAGCAUUUCUUGCUGCCAAGAAUUUGCAGCAGAACUUGGCUAGGCUUCAGAAUGAGGUCAUGCCUGAGCAUUAUGAAGCAGAAUUGGAAAUAAAUGAUUUUCCCCAAAAUGCUCGUUGGAAGGUGACACACAAAGAGACACUAGGUCCUAUUUCAGAAUGGACUGGAGCUGCCAUCACUACUAGGGGCUAUUAUAUCCCACCUGGAAAGGUACCUGGACCAGGGGAAAGAAAAUUAUACUUGUUCAUUGAGGGUCCUACAGAACAAUCUGUCAAGAGGGCAAAAGCUGAGCUAAAACGCGUUUUGGAGGACAUAGCAAUGCAAGCAACCUCACUUCCGGGUUCAGCCCAGCCAGGACGAUACUCGGUUGUUUAAGAUUUCCCUUUGGUGGACUUCUAUUGGUUGCUGCUCCUUAUUUACACAUUUAGUUAGUUUACAUUAAAGGGAGAGAAGAAAACACAAUGUAUGUGCUAUUGUGCUAUGACCUGGAUGCUGUGGAUUUUCAAGUUAACCUGAUGGCCUAAUGAUGCAAGGCAGGUUUUUUGGUCACUGGUAAGAGGGUGAGAAGGGUGUGAAGAAGAUUCGGAGUUGUCUUAAUAUCCUUGUGGUAAGCAAUUCUUUGAUCAAACAUUUACUCUAGUAGAUUGAAUAUAGCUUUCAAGAACCAUAAUGUUUACUUCAGCGGUGAGUUUAAUCUUGUUAAUGUUCUUCACUUUUACUUUGUAAUUGGUUCACCAUAUUACUGAUCUUUUGAAUGCAGAAAGUGAGCUUGAUUUUUGCUCACACCAUGACUGAAAUUCUCAGUACUGGUAUAGAAGUCCACUAGUCUCCGUUUGAUUUCUUGCCGUAUCAUUUACAUAAUUUUAUUUCAGUCCUUUUAAGGCUUUAAUCCCUAUGUUCAUAUAUUCCAGCAAUGAAGACUGAGUAGAGAGGAUAUUAAGAUCCUGAUCCAGCCAUCAAUUAUUAUCUCUGAUUGAGGAAACCACUACUUUGAUCCACCUUGUUUCUUUAACGAACAUUUUCUUUUAUGGUUUGUUUUGUUUCCAACUUUCCAUAUAGACAAGAUGGAUAUUCCUAUGAUUUAGUGAUAGAAUAACCCCAAAUUCAACCCAGAUUUGUUUAUGAAGAUAAAGAUGCCUAUGUGUUUAAACUAAAACUUGAAUUAUUUAUAUGUACAGGGUUUUAAUCUUAAGCAAGAGCCAUAAUGUGUGUUGAACACUUGAACAGGUCCUUACUCAACCCUAGGGGAGGUGUACACAAGCGAAAUAUUUUUCAAGCUGUUUGCGAAAGAACUUGUUUUAAGCUUGUUUAUGUUUGUCAUCUGUUAAAACAAUUUUGAAAAUAUAGCUGUUAUGGCUUUUGUUUUACCUGUUUUUGUGCGAUGUUUUGAAGCUACUACAGAAACCACUGAACAGAUUAGUUUCAAGUAAGCUCAAUUUGUUUGAAGUUGCAAUAUCCCCCGUAAGAGAAGGGUUCUUUAAUGAUUGCAUGAAUAUUUAUGGAAGUUUUUGCUUUCAUUGAAGCACUUCCAUGAGUAUA